AUGAUAAAAUAUACAUAUCUUAAAUAGCUAUUAAUUUCCUUGAGCUUGGUAUUUUCAAGUGAUUAAGGUUGCCCUUAAGGAUAGGGAUUUGAUCCUUACUAAAAUUAAUGUUUUAAGUGCUCUUAAAAUUGCGAAAGUUGCUAAGUAGGAUUAAAUCCUUCUUCUAACUUAUAUUCAGAAUAAUAUUAAACUUGUUAACAAUGCUAAACUACUUAUUAUCUAAGUGAAGAUUAUAGAAGCUGUCUAAGUAACUGUGAAUAUUAUUUUGACCCAUAAUAAAACCAGUGCUAGUAGUGCUAAUUAGAAGGAUGUCUUAUGUGCGCUACUUAAAAUACUUGCUAAGUAUGUAAAGAAAAUUUUUAGCUAAAAGAUGGAAUAUGUGUCUCUAAUUGUUUAGGCUAGUCGCAAUUUCUCAUUUAAAAUAGCCAGUGUACCUUUUAGUGCAGAUUAGGAUAAAUAAAAAAUGACUAGUUUUCAACAUGCUAAACAGUAAACAAAUGCCCUAUAUAAUACUCUGAAAGCAAUUAUUGUCACAAAUACUAAGUAAUAUACAAAUAGACGAUUUUAUCAAUUGAAAAAUAUAUUGAUAACAACUAACAAGAAAUAAUGGUCACUUACGAUAAUAUUGGAAAUAUCAAGUUUUGGAGAUAUUUAACACCAGUAAUUAGUUUCCUUUCAGAGAUUCAACCAACUUUAAAUAAUCCUGAUAACUCAUUGUUUUGCAAAUUAUCUCAAAAGUAAUUCUAUCUUUGUGUGUACCCUAAAUAUAUUUAGGCAUUUGACCUGAAAUCACCACAAAUACAAGAAAUACAUACUUUAUAAUAGUCAUCUAAUGGCUUUUUGUAUUUAUUUGAUUUUGUUUCUUAUAAUGGAACUGAUUAUAUUUGUGUACAAAGUGAAUAAGAUGUACUUUUUUUUGAAGUAACAAAUAUCUUUAAUAAGAACUAUUCCUUGGAUUGGUCUAAAAGCUUUAUACAGUUUCAAGCAGAUAGUAGUUACUAUAUAUGUAUUGUAUAAUUUAGUUAAGAGAUUUUAAUAUACAAAUCAGCAGAAAAAUGGAUCGAUAGCAGUGGUAAAACUUAAAAUGGAGUUCUAUAUAAACAAUUAUAAGCCAUAUGUUAUUUUUAUAACUAAUAUAAUGCAAUAUCCAGAGUCACUGAAAAAAUAUACAUCUUAACAGGAGCAAAUAACUAUGCUAUUCUAAUCUUAAAUGAAAAAUAUGUUUAAAGCUGUUAAGAAUUUAUAAUCUAAAAUAUGGAUACAGACAAUUAUUUUGUAAGCUUCCUGUCUUCUGAGACUAAACUAAUGUUUAUUUUACAGAAUUAUUAAGUUUCUUAUAAUAAUUUAUCCUAUAAAUUAUUUAACAUUACUUAAAAUAACGGCGAUAGUUAAAUUAGCGAAAUAGUAAGCUUUUAGUAAAAUACUCAAAUGAUAUUUAAUUAAAUACUAGGAGAUAAUAUAUAUUAUGCCAAUUCGUUCUAAUCUAAUUACAUUUUCAAAUAAGAUUUGAAUCUGCUAACAAUCAAGAAAUACUUUUUCAAUUCAUAUUUUUAUAGUAUCCAUAUUGUGGAUAGAGAUAUUGUUAUUACUACUGAUGAGAACAAUAUUGCUUAAGUAAUCUUGAACGAUAACUAAAGCUUUAAAAUAGAUAAAUAAACUCUUUGCAAGACAUAAAAAACUCCAAAUUAUCAUAUGGGAGAUUAUGGUUCAAAUAUUUUUGAUUCUUAAGGAAAAAAAUAUGCAUUGCAAGGAUUUCAAUAAAGCUAUUAAUUGAGAGACAUGAGAAAUGGAGAUAUAAUUAUGAGCACUAGUUAAAUUUAUUCAUAUUAUCCUUUGCAAAAUAAAUAAACAAAUAGAAUAUAUCUUUUUUAUUUUGGAGGAGUUUUUAUAAUAGAUUUUACAAAAGACCCUGAGAAUGAAUCAGAGUUUAUAACUUAAGUAGUUAUGCCAAGAGCAUUUUCAAAUGGUAUUCCAUUUUUUGAUAGCGAAGAAAAUUUUUAUGUCUACAACUUCGAUGAUCUAAAUUGGAAAUCAGUUGUUGCAUUCACAUCAAAUGGAUAAAUUAUUAAAGAAAUACCUGCCAGGUUAGAUCUGACAUUUAGCUAGGCCUAUAGAUUUUUUGAUUAAGUUAAAAAAAUUGUAUGUCUCGUAGAUUAAACAAACGCAAUACUUUCAUACUUUGACUUCAUAAAUUUGGGAACAUAUGACUUUCUACUUUUUAAUGGUCACUACUUAGACAAUAGAGCCCUAUAUCUAGAUUAAGAUAAUUCUGGAAUCUGCAACAUUUCUGGUAAUGUAGGAUUUAAUAGUACUUAGGUUCAAAUGAAAGUACCUGGAUAAAUGUAUCUUGAUUAUAUAUCGCUUUUGAAACUAAACUACAUCACUUUAAUCUCUUGUAUUGAUAUACCUCUAGAUAAAAUAUAUCUUGUUUUAAGGGAUCCAUAAAAUAAUAAUCUUUUAUGCUCAAUUUUUUUAAAAUCACAACUUAAUGUUAAUAUAUUAGCAUAAAUUAACUAACCAACUCUUAUAAAUAUUCAAGGUAUUUAAUCUUAUGGAAACUAUUAAACAAUAUAUUAUGAUAAUGGCUUCAUAAUUUAUAAGAACUAAUCUAUAAUAUAAAUGAUUGAUAACAUACCUUCUUAAAUUAAUCAGUUCAUUAUUGAUUUCUAAGAAGAUACUUUAGUAAUAUCAAAUUCAUUUUGCUAAUGGUUCGUUUUUUAGUUUUCUACUGGUUAGUUUAUGUAUGAAAUGCCUAAAGAUUCAGAUUAUGAUCCUAUCCUAAAGUGUACCUCAUCAUUUGACAGAGUUAACAAAAAUAUUCUGUUGAAAUAAACUACAUAAAUAGCAAGCUUUUCUUAUAGCUAGAAUAAAACUAAUUGGUUUUUAACAACUAGUAUAUUAGGAAACGAUCGCAUGAAUAUUGUAAUAGAUCAACUUUCUUAUUAUGAACAUCCAAUUAAUGCUAUUGUGGCACCUAAUUAUGAGUUAUUAAUUUAAAUAAUGUAUCUUGACGAUUAAUAUUCAACUUCUACUAACCAGGUUAUAUCAAUAGACAUCUCUUAGUACUCCUAAACUUUUUCAUAAUAUAACUAGGAAACUAAAUUUACUAUAAUUGAAGAUUUUUAAAAGGAUAUACUUAUUAUAGUAUUUGCAGAUAAUGUAUUCUUUAUUUAAAUAUCACAAACUUAAAUAAUUCAUUAUCUCAACUUUUAAGAAAAUCUAAGUUAAUCUUAAGCUGGCGGAUAAAUUAAAUCUAUAAAUCUUGAUAAACAAAGUAAUAUACUUACAUGCAUCACAUAAGAAAACAUCAUAAUUUAUGAUUACUCAUCAAUUAUUUUCUAUGAUUAUUAGAAUUUUUACUUAAGUCCUCAAAAUGCAGAUUUAAUUAAUUACAUAGCAUAAGUAAGGAAUUAAAAUGAUAAUUUAAUUAUGUUUUCAAGAGAAUUCAAUUAUAAUUAAAUUUCUUUUUACUAAGUCUCUUUGUAAAAUUAAACAAUAACCCCAUUUUCAAGCUUAGAUAUCACUCAAGACUAAAAUUUAUAAUUUACAUUAAAAGGAGGACCAAUUGGAAACAUAUCAAAUAUAAAUUAUGGCAUUAAGUACUGCUUAUAUCAACUUAACAAUUCAAAUAUAAAUCUCCUUAAAAUAUAUUAUUUUUAAUCUAUUAAUUACCAAUAUUACACUUUACUAGAAGAACUAAAUUUCUUUCCUGUUUUGCUACUUUAAAACACAGUAGCUUCUACUUUAUAUCUAUAAAUUUUAGACUAUGAAAGUAAUAUGAUAAGUUUAGUUUCUAGUUAAUUCAAUUAACUUAUUAACGAUUGCAAUAUUCGUAAUUAAACUGUAUAUUGCUUUGACCAACAAGGGAUUAAUUUAAUAGCGAUAAGUAUUUAAGACCCUAAUAGCUUCAAAUUUACAUAGAUAAGUUAGUUAGAUCAAUAAUUAACCAAUUAAAAUAUAAUAUUUGGUAAAAAUAUCAUUCAAAAUACAACAAAUCUACCAUUAGUGUUUUAUAUCAGUAGUAUUGUUUUCAGUUGGAAUCCUAGUCAAAAUAAAUUAUCUAAAUUAUAAAUGACAAAUAAUAUUUAAUAAUUAAAAAUUGGCAGCUAAUACAUUUUAUUAGAACUCCAAUAGACAUUUGAUUUAAAAUUAGUAGCUAUUGAUCAAGAUGGUAUGCUAGUAAAUUCACUUUUUAACUUGAAAUAGCCUGCUUAAAAGUUGAGAGAUUUGUCUUCUUCAAACCAAAUUCCUCUAUUUUAUAAUUAAAAAUAUGAAGAGUCAAAGAUAUCAGAAUAAAUAUCAUAGUUUUUAGUCUUACAAACUUUUGGAUAGGCAAACAUUUAUUCUUUAAUUGAUUUUUCUCUUUAUCUAACUAUAAGGUCUUUUAACAUUAAAAAUAUUUAGUAAAUUUAAAUAUUAUCAAAAUCAAUUAUGCUUCUAGCUUCUAAAACAGAAAUUGAUGUGUACUACUUUUCUAAAAAUAAUUAUAAUCUAUUAUAAUCAUUUUAAGUCAGUUUACCUAUAAUUGGUUAUGCUAUUUUAAAUCCUGUAUAGUAGCUAAAUACAUAUCAGUUGUCAAUGGUUAUCAGCUCUAAUUAUGACAUUAGAUUGUUAUAAUACACUUUAACUACAAAUUAAAACGUUGAUUCUUAAAGAUAUGCUUCAAAUUAAUAGUGUGUACUAACAUUCAAUGAUUAUGUUUAAGACUUAUCCAUACUUCAAUAUUCUGUAAAGAUGCAAGCUAUUUAAGAUUAAUUUGUUUCAAAAAACUAUGCCAAUAUUUAAGUUUUGGAAAUAUAUUUUAUACCACAAACAAGUCUGUAUUUAAGAUAAGAUAUUUUUUAAACACUAACACCAUCAAAUUUUACAUUAAGACUAUAUUCAGAUUCUUAAAAUGCACUUGUUUAUCUGAUAAAUUAAAAUUAUAAUAAUAUCAACAAUAUUUUUAAUGCAAUCAUACCUAAUUUAGAAAUUUUAAAUAUGAGGCUCACAAUUCCUUAGUAACCAUAAAAUAAACAAUUAAUUACUCCAAUUACAAUUGAUAUAAAUAGUAGCAAAAACCUUUUAAGUAUAAGUAUGGCAAAUACAAUAAUUGAUUUGGAUAGCUAAGUAUGUAUUAUAUUUUAAAAUAUGAAUGAGCUCAUAAUUUCAAAUUCAGAAUUUAUCACUUCAUAACAUUUGAUAAAUAUCAGUGAACAAAAUAGUUGCAUGAUUUUAAUUAAAAAUGUAAACCUUGUUUAUUUAGACAAACUUACAUUUAAAAACUUUACCACUUAAAAUAAAUAUCCAUCUUUGAAAUAUAUAAUUGCAUUUGAUAGCAUCUAAACUCUAAGCAUUUCAAAUAUUUCUAUUUAAAAUUCAAAUCUACAAAUAAGCAGUAUAUUUAACUUUUAAAAUAUUGGAAAUUUAACACUGAAUAAUAUAUUGGUGAACAUUACUAAGUCAAGUGGUUCUAUAAUAUCAUCUUCUAAUACAAAUAAUUUUUUUAUCUAAAGUCUGUAAAUUUAUAACUCUUAAUUUGAAGGAAAAUCUUACUCUUUAAUAUAAACUAUGGGAUCUUUAAUAAAUAAUUUAUAAAAUCUUACAGUUACAAAUAGUACAGGACCUUCUUUUGUUUAAGUUUAAGAAUAAUUUUAUAAUAAAAUAAAGGGUUCAAUAUUUUUGUUAAAUAGCUUUUAGCAUAAAAAUUUAGACUCUGAAUUAGACGAUUUAAGUUGCUAGAUAUUAUAUAGUUAAUUUAAUGAUAAUAAUCUAUAAACUGGUUAAGUUAUUUAUAUUUUUUAGCACAGUGAUGUUAUCUUUAAUGACUUGAUAAUUAAUAUGAAUUAUCUCUAAGAAUCUUUUUAUGGAACAGUAUCGUUUGAUACAACAAUAAACAUAAUAAUUAAUAAUUCCCUUUUUUCUAAGAACACAGUUUAAAAGGGUUGCGGUGGGGGAAUAUAUAUUAGCAAUAGCUAAGUUUAGUUAAAUAAUUGUACAAUUUCCUUUAAUUAAGCAGUAAUAGGAGGUGGAAUCAGAUACUAAGGAAUGAAUUCUUCUUUAAUUUAUAGAGAUAACCAGUAUAAAUAUCGCCAUCUUGAUAUUUAAUAAUCUUAAAUUUUUAAUAACAAAGCUUUUUUGUUUGGUUAAUAAAUUACCUCUUAUCCAAAAUCAAUCAAAUUUCAAAAGGAUUAUACAUAAAUGCUAUCUUAAUUGGUAUCUGGAAAUACUAUGAGUUAACCUCUUAUAUUUUAUUUGGUUGAUGAAUUUGAAGAAAUAGUAAAUUACCCCUUAAAUAUUGAAACAAAUAAAAUUCAUUAAUUGAUAAUUUAAGAAUUUUAAGGAUAUGAUAUUCUUAUUGUAAACUAAGAUGAGUUGAAAAUGCAUAUAUAAGGGGGAAUUUAAAUUUUUAACAAUUAUUUUGCUUUUUAACCAUAAAUAACUUCUAAUCCCUCUAGUAUUUAGUUUUUAUAAAUUUAACUUUCUUCAAAGGUCCCAAUUUACAAUUUUUAAUAAAACAAUUUCAAAUUAAGUAUAGUAGGAAGUAAUAUUUAAUUAAACUUUUUACCAUGCUAAGUUGGUUAAAUUCCUAAGUAAGAAUUUAAUUUCAUUUAAUGUUAUGAAUGUCCAUAAGGAACAUAUUCUUUUAUAAGAAAUAUUUCUGAUUCUGAGACUUAUCAAUGCAGCCGUUGCCCUGAAUAAGCUAGUUAUUGUGAAAAAGAUAUAAUAGUGCUAUAAGAUGGAUACUGGAGAUUAAAUCCACAAUCGAGCAAGGUAUUUGCAUGCUCUAAUCCUUCUAAUUGCAUAUAAUCAUAAAACUAGUAGAAUUAUAGCUUUUCUUCUUAAAUGCCUUAAGAAUAAUUUGAAAAAUCAAUUUGCAGUGUUGGUCACAUAGGAGCUUUAUGUGAAAGCUGUGAUAUUAAUAAUUAAUUAUGGGGAGAUUAAUAUUCUAAAAGCAAUAAUCUUAGCUGCAUGAAAUGCAAAGAUAAUUAUAUAGAUAUUGUUUUUUAUUUCCUUCUAUAUUUAGCAAUUUUGUGCUAUUUAUCAUUCUGUUUUAGGAAAAUAUAAAGAUUCUCUACUUAAAAAUGCCUUUUUUUGUAUAUGAAGCGAUUAAACUUUAUUUGUAUUGGCAAAUCAUCAGAGUCUGAUUAGAAUACAGUUGCUACUAAGAUAUUAAUCAAUUAUAUUUAAAUUAUUACAAUCAUAUUCUAAUUUACAAAUUUUUCAUAUUAUCUCAAAUAAGUAAUUAGUAUUUUUGGAGACUCCUCAUCUGAUUCAAUAUAGUAUAUUUAUGAUAUAAAAUGCUCAUUUAUUUUCUUAUGGCUUUACUUUUCUCCAAGCCUUAUAAAUUAUUUUGUCUAAUAACUUAGCUGUGUCUAAAUUGGAGAUUAUUCUUAUGUUUUGACUGAUAAAUAGUAUAUCUGCUUUGGAGAUGAUCAUAAAUAAAAUAUAUUUUUUAUUUUGAUUCCUUCAUUAGUGUUACUCUAUUUACUUUUACCUUUAUUUUUCCUUUUUAAGCUAAAACAAAAAAGAACUAGCCUUACAAAAAUUGAAAAUAUAAAAGUCUAUGGCAUUUUAUUUUAUGAGUAUAGAUAAGAAAAAUACUACUGGGAAAUAAUAAAGACAACUUAAAAAUCUUUAAUUUAUAUUUGCACUUUUUUUGAUAAUACUGGAUAAAAAGCUUUAGUUUCUUUAUCAGUAUUAUUUGUUUAUGGUUUAGCAUCAUUCUUUAGUAGACCAUAUAGUAGUAUUUAGCUAAAUAAUCUUGAUUUAAUGGCUACAGUUCUAUAAUUUAAUUCUAUUGUAAUAAUCAAUCUUAUGGGAAAUACAGAUUGGGAGAGUAUUUCUACUAUAAUUAUUUUUUUCUUCAACUUUGUGUUUAUUAUGAAAAUUGUGAUGAAAGUAAUUUUGAGGGAAAUACCUUUAGAUCCUUAAUAAAGAAAUUUGUUUCAUUAGUUGCUAAUAAAAAUAAAAAGUGUAUUUCCUAAAUUUUUAACUAGUUAACUAAUCAUAUAAAGCUCCAAUCAAUUUUAAGUAAUGAGAAGAUGGAGCUAAAUUUAAAAAGAAGUAUUUAAAUAUAUUAGACUUAAGAAAAGAAAUUCCAAUAAGCAAUAAAAUAAUAACCAAGUUGAUGAAAUUAUUGAAGAACAAGAAAAAAAUAAAAUUUUAAUUAUAUAGAUGAAUUAAUAAAGAUCUCUAUACGGGUUAAGCAACUCUAUUUAAAAAUCUCGAAACAUUUAAUAAAUUAGUUUUCAAGGUAAAAUAGAUAGAAGAAAUUCAGGUGAGAGAAAUAAUUUAAAAAUAGAAAAAUUCUCACUCACUAAAAUGGAUGACGAGAAUAUAACUUAUUUUGAUGAAAACAGCUUCGCAAGAACUCCAAUUAGCUUUAUUGCAAAAAAGUAAUCUAAGAAUAUUAACUUAUUUGAAUCUCAACAAACGCAAGAUAAUUGA